AUGUUCUCAUUGUUUAAACAUGUUUAUAAUCUUUUCGAUUAUGAUUAUCAAAAAGAACAGUAUGCUAAAAAAUUGGAGGAAGAAACUCGUCAUUUUGAGGAAGACUUGGAAAAUGAACAAAUUAUUGAAGAAAAUAAAAUACCCGAGGAUGAGCUUUCAUUGAAAGAGGGAGAAGUGAGUUGUGCUCAACGGCUUGGAGUUAUAACUUCGUUGAGAAGCAACAAUGGAAUUAUUGAUAAUUCGAUAUUUUUCGAUUCUUCGGCUGCACCGCAAUUCCAUGAGUUUAAAGUUGGUUCCACGGUUGAAUAUAUUGUUUACCAGAAUGCUCAGUCAGAUCACUUGAGGGUGGUUAAAGUGAAUAUGAUGGAUGGGGAUAAUUUGUGGGACGACGAAGUCAAAACUGAAGAAGAAAUCAAAGAAACACUUGAGAACUUAAAAGAAAAAGAUCCUAAAUAUUUCAACACUCACCAACGUAGUAUACUCGGAUUAAUAAUGUUACGAAAUCGACAAUUUCUAACAAUCGACACCGACUAUAAGGAAAUCACAGUUGAUUUAGAUGCUGUGCGCAUUGAAUUUAUACCAAAAGAAGGUGAUCGUGUCUAUUUGAAUUGUAAUGUCCAAACCGAUGAGAAUUUUGUUGAUCUUGCUGGUGAAAUUUUGGAAACAAUAAGUGUGCAUGCUGCUCGGCAAAAAGUUGAACAAGGUGUUGUGACGAAAUUACACGAUGAUUGGGGAACUAUUAAUAGCGAUUGUUAUUUUACAAUGGACACAAUUGAUUUAUCAGAUAAUCUUCAAGAAGGGGAUGUUAUUAGUGCUGUAAUGAUUGAAUGCGAUAGGGGAAUUUUUCUAUGGCGUUGUUUAUCCAUUCAAUUACUUGAACGUGCUGAAAUAAAGCCAAAAACUACAACCCAAAAACCCAUAUCCGAUUCAAAUAAGUCUUCAAACCAAAUCAUAACAAUAACGGAAGGCUUACGUUUUAAUUUUGCCAAGGCUUUCGAGACUCAGCAACUUGAUAUCGAACUGAAGAACAACAGCGACAAAACCCAAGUAAUUCAACGAAUGGACUUCACCGGUAUACGUCGUAAUUCCCAAUUAAAAAUAAAAGAAGAUAUUUGUCCCGUACAAUUGGAACCUGGCAAAACUACAACAAUCACAGUGCAUUGCGAAUCACGUUUCUAUGGUUUGGCAAAAGAGAAACUCCAAUUUACGUUUUCAAAAUUUAGAAUUUAUCGUAUCAUCGAAAUUGCGGUUGGAAUGGACGUUGUUCCCAAUAAGGAGAAUUCUGAAGAAGCUUAUGUUCCAAUCAAACGUCGCUCUCGCAACUAUGCCAAUCAAGUUUGGUCAAAGAAAAAAGAGAUUAUUCCAGGUGUGCGAACCCAUGUUAUGCGUCGAUUUAUCGCCAAUCGAAUUCCGUCCUACGAAGUGCCAAACAAGCUGCGAAAUGUAUUGCUGAUAGAUUCUUCUCGUUCAGACCAAAUUGCCAAUUUAGACAAUCUUUAUCCUGUUUUGACAAAAGAGUUGGACAUCAAGAACUACUCUAACAAAUUUCAAACCCUUCUGCACGUUGAAGAGAUUGAGCACUUUGUCAAUUUUCGGCAAUACGACCGAGAUAGGGCUCAUUUCACUCGUGAAGGGGAAUAUCUUGCCCUGACAAUAGAUAACUUAGCCGAGAAAAGACCAUCUCUAGUGAUUGGGGAUGUUGUGCGCGCCACAAAUCCAUGGGCCGAAGAGGAGGAUAAUCGUGCCUAUGAUGGUUGCAUUCACAAAGUUCUUUUCAAUAGAAUUUUGGUAAAAUUCAAUCCAGCCUUCCAAAAUAAGUACAACGGAGAAGAUUACCGAUUAGAAUUCCACUUUUCAAGAUAUAGUUUCCGAAAGCAGCAUUAUGGUGUGCAAAAGAUUGUCUCCAAUAGAGGGGAAGAUUUCUUGUUUCCAUCGAAAAUUAUUCUCAGCGACAGUAUUCAAAUUGAUGCUGGCUUAGAUGAAAUGGGCAACCUUACAAUUGAUGGCAAACCGGCACCGAAGCAAUGGUGUAACCAAAAUCUGAAUGAAAUCCAAAAGAAGGCAGUGAAGGAAGUUCUGCGUGGAGAGGCCCGCUGUAUGCCUUAUGUGAUUUUUGGCCCACCGGGUACGGGCAAGACCAUAACCUUGGUGGAGACAAUUUUGCAAAUUCUUUUAACCAUGCCGAAUAGUCGAAUAUUAGUUGGAACUCCGUCAAAUAGUGCAGCCGAUUUGAUUUCAACACGAUUAAUAGAUUCGGGAAUUCUGAAUCCGGGAGAUUUUGUUCGUUUGGUUGCGCAAAGAUUGGUCGAAAAGGAAAUCAUCCCUGAUCAUCUGAAGCAAUAUUGUGCUACCAUUGACAUAGCUAUGGAUGGUUCUGCAAAGGAUGCGAUGACUGUUACCGAAUCAGGAAUCAAACUAAGAUGUCAGAUGAAAUAUCUGGGUCGUAAUAAAAUAACAGUCAGUACUUGUUCAACUCUGAGCAAUUUCAUUCAGAUGGAUUUUCCGAAAAAUCAUUUCACUCAUGUGCUCAUCGAUGAGAGUGGCCAAUGUACGGAACCUGAAAUAGUCACACCAAUAUGUUUACUAACACAAAAUUUCGGACAAGUAAUACUCGCAGGCGAUCACCUUCAGCUAGGUCCGAUAGUUGUUAAUAAUUUUGCUGGUGAACGGGGCUUGAGGUUAUCAUUUCUAGAACGUUUAACAGCUCGAUUUCCCUAUCGAAAGGAUAAAUUGCGUUUUCCAAAAACAGGCUAUGAUCCACGAUUGGUUACUAAGUUGGUUUUCAAUUAUCGCGCCUUACCAAGUAUUCUACAUGGAUACAACAGUCUCUUCUAUGAUUCAGAACUGAUUCCAAAAUUGAGUGAUAAAGGGAAUAGUGAAUUUGAAAUCCUCCAAAGGAUUAAAUCUCUCUUACCACCCUCCGAUACUCGACCAGAUACGCAUGCGACAUUUUUCCAUGGUAUUCGUGGUAUCAACAAACAGGAUGCUGAUUCACCUUCUUGGUACAAUCCAAUUGAGGCAAAGCAUAUUUUCCUGAUGACAAUUCAACUUUAUCGUUUAAAUGUCAAACCAGAUCAAAUUGCCAUCAUAACUCCCUACCUGAAGCAAGUAAAGAUUCUCCGCACUCUUUUUGCUGAAGCAGAUGUUGCAAUGCCAAAAAUUGGUACCGUUGAAGAAUUUCAAGGACAAGAACGACAAAUCGUAUUAAUUUCCACUGUCCGUUCUUCAUCUGAUUUGAUAACGAUCGAUCUUAAAUAUGCCCUAGGAUUCGCAUGCAGUCCGAAACGCAUGAACGUCGCCAUUUCACGAGCUCGAGCUUUACUAUACGUUUGUGGCAAUCCACAUUUGUUAUCUUUGACUGAUAAAUGGCGCGACUUUAUAAAAUAUUGUGUUGAAAAAGAUGCCUACAUUGGAUGUGAUUUACCAGACAGAGUUCUUCAAACAACAAAAUGACAAACGAAAAAAGAAACAUCAAUGAGUUGAAAAAUAUCAAAAAGAAAACAAAACAAACCUCAAAGUGAGUUAGUUUAUUAUUGUUUAUAGUUUUCAUAAUAAUUCCUUAAAUAAUUGAAUUUAAUUCUAAACAUUAGUUUUUAAGUACUUAGGUAUAAAAGAAAGAUAAAAUUAUGUAAUGGGUGUAUCUAUACCAGCUAAAAAGAAACUUUAAAAAUGAAAGCAUUAAGAAUGCAACGUCCUGCACCAAGUACAUAAACAAACAGGAAACAUGGAUUAUAAAUAUUUUAAGAUUUUAUGAGAAUUUAUUAGAUUAUUAUUUUAUUUGUAAUAUUUCAUUUAAUAACUUUAACUUGUGUGUGCGAGGAGACGAGUGGUUAAUUUAAUAACAAUAAUCUUUGAAAAACAUGAUUUUUGAUCGGUUUUUUGUUUUUAAAAAACUCAAAUCUAAGUUAAAAUUUUUACAAAUUUUUUCAAAGCACGGAGAUAACGUAUUAUCCUAUCUCUAACUACAGGUACGCAAAGAUACCUACUACAAUAGAGCUUCCCUUCAGGAUAUUUGAGGAAUCCUAUUAUCAGUUGCACGUGUAGCAUUGGUAUUUAUCGAUUUUUGGCUGAAAUUAUUUUCAGACACUAAACUGUUGAAAAAUCAAUACAAAAUAAAUUUUAAUGAUUUACUUGAUAAUAUUUUAU